AUUCCCUCUGAAGGAUUCCAAGCGCCUGAUUCAGUGGCUGAAAGCUGUUCAGAGAGACAACUGGACUCCCACCAAAUACUCGUUUCUUUGCAGCGAGCAUUUUACCAAAGACAGUUUUUCUAAGCGGCUGGAGGACCAACACAGGUUGCUGAAGCCCACUGCUGUCCCCACCAUCUUCCAGCUUGCAGAGAAAAAACACGACAACCUGGAGUAUGUCAGAAGCAGAAGAAAAAUAGCGAGCCAGGUGCCGCUGCGGGAUGGAGAAGACCCAAGGGAAGGAGGAUGUGAGGUAGUUCAGAGAACCUCAGCUUCUGGGCAGGACUUCAUGGUGACGCAAGGGACGAAAGAGAUGGAGGAGGCGACUUUGCAAGCAGAAACUGGAUCUGCUUCUGAGGAGGAAGAGAACUUGCCCGGCCACCGGGACGGCCCUCGGAGGAGGAUGUUAGGUGAUAAUUUGGUUGCGAAGCCUGGGCCUCAGAAAAAACCUGAGAGAUCAUCCCUAGAGGACUGUCCCAAAGGCAGCUGGACGGGGAGCUGGGUGGCAGACAGAAGCGGCGUGUCCGUCGACGACUUCACACCUCCUGCCUCUGGUGCUUGCAAGUUCAUCGGCUCCCUUCAUUCUUACAGCUUUUCCUCUAAGCACGCCAGAGAGAGGCCAUCCUUCCCAAAAGAGCAGCUAGAAAGGAAAAGGCCAAAGAGAGACAUAGAGCCGAGCUGCAGCAGCCAUCUCCUGGGACACGACAAGGCCGCCACGGAAGGUUCCCCUACUUCAUCCCUCACGGCGACCCCCCAGAAACCUUGCCAGGGUUUGUCGGCGUCCCCGGCAGACCUGACCCCUCAGCCUGCUGCUGAGGCCGUGCUGGGGAGGAAGGGGGACACGGAUGCCAACCCCAUGUCGAUCAACGAGGUCAUCAUGUCUGCCUCGGGGGCUUGCAAGCUCAUCGACUCCCUCCACUCGUACUGUUUCUCCUCCAGGCAGAGCAAAAGUCAGGUGUGCUGCUUGCGGGAGCAGGUGGAGAAGAAGAACGGAGAGCUGAAACUUUUGAGGCAGAGGAUCAGUCGUUCUGACAGUCAAGUCAGGAAGCUGAAGGAGAAGCUAGAUGAGCUGAAGAGGAUCAGUUUCCCUUACUUGAACAGCCUGCUAUCCCAGGACUGUGAGACUCAACAGCUGAAUCCUGUGAUGGAGCCCCUGUCCUGGAUGCUGGGCACCUGGCUCUCAGACCCUCCAGGAGAUGGCACCUUCCCUACAGUGAAGCCCUUUCAGUACCUGGAAGAAGUGCACAUCUCUCACGUGGGGCAGCCCAUGCUCAACUUCUCGUUCAACGCCUUCCACCCAGACACCAGGAAGCCCAUGCACCGAGAAUGUGGCUUCAUCCGCCUCAAACCUGACACUAACAAGGUGGCCUUCAUCAGUGCCCAGAACACAGGUCUGGUGGAGGUGGAGGAAGGGGAGGUGAAUGGACAAGAGCUGUCUAUAGCUUCUCACUCAAUAGCCAGGAUCUCCUUUGCCAAGAAGCCCCAUGUAGAGCAGAUUACCAGAAAAUUCAGGCUGAAUUCCGAUGGGAAACUCGAACAAACUGUCUCAAUGGCAACCACUACGCAGCCCAUGACUCAACACCUCCACAUCACCUACAAAAAGGUGACACCCUGAUGCCAGGAGGGCUGGGUCUCCCUGCCAGGGGUGAGGGGCAGGGCAUCGUGCACCAAGAGCAGCAGCAGCUUGGGAGCAUGGCACAGCAGAGCCCAGAGCUGGCUGCCUGCACUUGUCCCCCAGGGCCACAGAGCUGCCCCAUCCUGUUGAGAAUGUUACUCAGAUGUUUCUGUAAUGGUAUAUUAAAAAAAAAAAAAAAAAAAAGAAUAAAAAGCUUUUAUUUUUA